AUGCGGCAGCCCUUGGAUGCUGCCGGGGACGGCAACACCGUGGAGGAACGUGGUGACGGCAUCACCUCCCUCAACUUUGUGGACUCCGGCAACCUCCUGCUCGCCUCCUCCUGGGAUUCUACCCUGCGGCUCUAUGCCGCGGACCAAGGCGAGCUCCGAGGCACACAUGAGCGCGGCGCCCCCAUCCUUGACGCCUGUCCAGCCUCGGAGUCUGUGUCUUACAGUGCAGGCCUGGACGGCCGGAUCCUGCGACAUGACUGGGAGAGCCAGGCUCAGACGCUGCUGGGCUCGCACAGCGAACCCGUGCGGUGCCUGACCUGGCUGCCCGACCUCCAGCUGCUGGCCUCGGCCGGCUGGGACUCCAGGCUGAAGAUCUGGGACCCCCGAAUCCCCGGGUCAGAUGACCCUGUCGCCGAGAUGCAGCUGCCUGACAAGGCCUUCAGCAUGACUGCGGGCCGGGAGAGGCUGGUGGUGGCGACCGCUGGGCGACACAUCCACGUGUUUGACCUCACCAAGCUCACCAACGGCGUGGAGCCAGAGCAGGCCCGGGAGUCCUCGCUCAAGCACCAGACGCGGUGCGUGCGCAUGUACCCCGACGGGUCUGGCUUCGCCACCGCCUCGAUAGAGGGCCGGGUGGCCAUGGAGUACUUCGACCUGGGCGACGCGCAGGCCAAGCGGUAUGCCUUCAAGUGUCACCGUGCCAGCGAAGGGGGCCGGGACGUGGUGUUCCCGGUCAACACCCUGGCCUUCCACCAGACACACGGCACCUUUGCCACGGGGGGGUGCGACGGUGUGGUGAGCAUCUGGGACGGCGAGCACAAGAAGCGGCUGGCCCAGUUCACGGGGUACCCGACCUCCAUCGCCGCCCUGGCGUUCAACCUCGCCGGCAACCUCCUGGCCGUGGCCUCCAGUUACACCUUUGAGAAGGGUGACAUUGAACACCCGGCAGAUUCCAUAUACAUCCGUCCGGUGGAGGAUGCAGAGGUGCUGCCGCGCGUCAAAGUGAAUGCUGGGCCCUGA